AUCUGAGCCCGGGGCCAAAUAUAGCCAGACACAGUGAGCGGUCAGAUGCUGGGACAGAUGGGACAGCAGGCCACACUGGAGGAACCACUCAAGUAGACCUCGACCUGCUCACAGUGCCCGCACUCACUGCCUGACCAAAAAAGCUACUCUGCUGGGAAAAUACGUUUCUGUCUAUUCUCACAGACAUUUAAUCUUAACAGCAAACUGGAACUACUAGACUGGGACAAUACCUUUGGACAAAGACUUGAAGUGUGUUUAAAGGGCCCUUAUUGAGGGUGGGAUUGUGCUGCUGCUGUGAAACAUAGCCCAAAGGGAUUCAAAAUAACAACACCUGGUCUCCUGGACGCCAUAGAAGGAUGCAGGACGGGAGCUGGAAUCAGUCCCUCCCCCUCUCUCUGCUUAUGAAGGAUGGGGGCAGGGUUCUAGAGGGAGACGGAGGGGUGUUCUCAGAGACGUCGUCUGAUGGGGAUCUGUACCUGGACUCUAUGGCGGAUAUGGACGCCGGAGUUGGGGACUUUUCAGAUCUUACCGCCUUCCUCAGCCAAGACGAGAUCAACCGCAGCCUGGACCUGGCUCGGGAGGCCUUCAGUGAUGCAGAAGACCGGGGAGUCCCUGUCUCCCCUAUUCCCAGAACCCAGGAGCCGGCUCUCUACUUCCCCUCCCCCACCCCCUUCAACACCACAAAAUACCUGACCAAAAGCCCCAGCUUCCCCCACCAAACCAAAGCCCACUCCCCAGAUGACAGCCACAAAGUCACCUCCAGCCAGAGUUUCCACCUCAGCAGGCCCAUACAGGCCACAUGCGAAGCCAUGGCCUUGCCUGAGAAGUUUGUCUGCCACAAGAACAUCACCCCAGUCUACAAGCAGGACAAGCCUCGACUGGUCCACGAGGGCUUGGAGCUGAAUGAACGGGCUGCCUCCGCCACUGAGUUCUGUAGCCGUGCUGCCACCUUCAUCGAAGAGUUGUCCUCCAUCUUUAAAGGCUCCGCCCGGCCGGAGCACAUAGGGGAGGAAGACUCCUCCUCUCCCGACAGCGGGUAUCUGUCUCCUAAGAGCCACUGGCCGGCCCCCCAGGGCUCUGCCUCUGUCCCCCCACAGCCUCUCAUCCAACAGGGGGCACUACAGCAGUGUGAGCCAGGCUUGGGUAUCCAGCCAGCAAGCAUGAUGGGUGGAAUGGGUGUGACGGGUGUCCCUCCUCUGAGUGUGACGGGGGUUCCAAUUGUCUCUGAUCUGAUGAGUGUGAAUGAGUUGAUGGGGAAGCAGCAGCACAGUGGAGCCCAGUUGAUGGGGAAGCAGCAGCACAGUGGAGCCCAGUUGAUGGGGAAGCAGCAGCACAGUGGAGCCCAGUUGAUGGGGGAGAAGCUCAGUGGAGCCCAGUUGAUGGGGGAGCAGCAGCACAGUGGAGCCCAGUUGAUGGGGAAGCAGCAGCACAGUGGAGCCCAGUUGAUGGGGAAGCAGCAGCACAGUGGAGCCCAGUUGAUGGGGAAGCAGCAGCACAGUGGAGCCCAGUUGAUGGGGGAGAAGCUCAGUGGAGCCCAGUUGAUAGGGAAGCAGCAGCACAGUGGAGCCCAGUUGAUGGGGGAGAAGCUCAGUGGAGCACAGAGUGGAGAUGGAGACCUGUCACUGCCACACUUCACCCAGAAGCUGAAGAGCCAGGAGGUGGCAGAGGGACACCCCAUCCGACUGGAGUGCAGGGUGGCAGGAAACCCUCAGCCGCUGGUCAGGUAAGGAGAAUGGUGCUCGGUGGAAGUCUGAUUUGAUUGUGAUCAUAUUGGUGAUGAGUAUCAGUAGAAUGAGACGGUUAACACCAGUGGUAGAACACAAGAGGUUCAUUGUGUGCAUUAACAGUAUA